AUGGGAGUUUGCACGGAGGAGCGCCCUGUAAUGCAUUGGCACCAGAGCGCUAGGUUUCUUGGUCCACCCCGCGAGCGAAGUCCAGAUCUCUCCAAUGCCUGCCAGAUCAAUGCGAACAAUAACAACAUCAACCACCGAACGUGCAUAUCGUGCACGGAUACCUGUGAGCAUAAUCUUAAGGCCAACCACGUGGCCGGAGCGCAUCUGGGCCCCAGUCAUCUUUACCACGACAGUUGUCACAGUUACGACUCCAUACCAGACCGGCUAGUAGCGGACCGGCCUAAUUACUACACCGAUCUCAACCGAAGCGACUGCUCGGAUACCAGCAGUAGUGUGCUGAAUAGUUGUAUACAACUGAAGUCUGAACCGCCGGGUGGCCCAAGUAGUCCCGAAUCUUCCAAUGAGUUACCUCCCUCCGGACUAGAAGAAUGCGCUGGCUGUGAUAUGCCUAUACAGGACCGCUUCUACCUGUCAGCUGUAGAGCGCAAGUGGCACGCUACCUGUCUACAAUGUUGCAUCUGCCGGCAAACGCUGGAAGGUGCUAACUCCUGCUUUUCACGUGAUGGCAAUAUCUACUGCAAAACAGACUACUACAGAGUAUUCGGCUCGCGGCGGUGUUCGAAAUGUCUGGCUUCAAUUAGUUCCUCCGAGUUAGUUAUGCGAGCUCGACACCUAGUUUUCCACAUACGGUGCUUUUGCUGCGCGAUCUGCAAUACCCUGCUCAACAAGGGCGACCACUUUACGAUACGGGACUCGGCGGUACUUUGCAGGUCCCACAUCGACAUCCCGCUGGACCCGGGGGCUCCGCUUCCACUGGCGAUGCAGUGUCAAUACCCGACCCAGUAUGGUAGCUCACCCAAUGCACCGUUGAGUCCGAGUGACUCGACCGGAAGCAGCAAGAUGCCGCCGGCCGGUUAUUUUUCGCCUCACCAUGCCGUUACCGCCCUGCCGCAGCAGCCCCGCCAGAAGGGACGACCCCGGAAACGGAAGCCAAAAGACAUCGAAGCGAUGACUGCCAGCUUAGUCAUCAAAACUACAUACCUCAACACCGAGUACCUAGAUUUGGGCUUCAGUCGGGGCCUUGGUUCAUCGUCGCGGGCCAAACGAAUGCGAACAUCGUUCAAGCAUCAUCAGCUGCGCACCAUGAAGUCCUACUUCGCCAUCAAUCACAAUCCGGACGCGAAAGACUUGAAGCAACUGUCGCAGAAAACCGGCCUUCCAAAGCGAGUGUUACAGGUCUGGUUCCAGAACGCACGCGCAAAAUGGCGCCGGAUGAUGAUGAAGCAGGAGGGCAAAAUUAUCGACUCAGACAAGGGUGACGGCUCACUCGAUCUGGAUGGGUACGUGUCCCACAGCCCCGGGUCGUACAUCAUGGGCGGCCCAGGCAGUCCUGCCUCGCUGGACUAG